AGAGAGAGAGAGAGAGAGAGAGAGAGAGAGAGAGAGCGGACUCCGCCUAUACCGUCCAACAUCCUGCUCCAGUCUGACAGAGGGACCACUACCCAGCAGUGUGAACCAGGUCCCCGCACAGCUCGACUCAGCAACCGGCGUGAACAAGCGGACAUGGGCUCCCCGUGAAUCCGGGCAGUGGAGGGGAGAGGAGGUGGGAAAGGCGGGGGUUGGUCGGGGGGUACCGACGUCCAGAGCGUGGCGGGAGAAGCACCCGGCGAGUGGACGAACAAAAGCACAACCGAGGCUGCCCGCAACCAUGAGCCGCCCGCACUAUUCGCCGGAGCUGCGGCUGCCGCGGCCGCCGUGCCCGCGGAGCGCGUCGUGAGGUGUGUCUCGGAAAACGCUCCGGGGAGAACCUGUCAGCCGAAACGACCCGCCGAGGAGGAGCGGGAGGAGGCGGUGGGGCGGCGGCGGUGGCGUCGGCGGUGGUGGUGGAGAAGAUGUCCGCCUCCGUGGGGCCCCAAGGCGGCCCUCGCCCACCCACCGUGCCGCCAUCCAUGCCGGAUCUGCCGGACCUCAGCCACCUGACCGAGGAGGAGAGGAAGAUCAUCAUGGCAGUGAUGGCUCGGCAGAAGGAGGAAGAGGACAAAGAACAAGCCAUGCUAAAAACACUGCACCAGCAGUUUGAGAGCUACAAACAGGAGGUGCGUCGCAUCGGGGCGGAGACACGGCGUCAGCAGACCCAGCAGAAGGACGACGCGCCCACCUGCGGUAUCUGCCGCAAGACCAAGUUUGCUGACGGCUGCGGUCACCACUGCUCCUAUUGCCAGACCAAAUUCUGUGCUCGCUGUGGAGGGCGGGUCUCUCUGCGCUCCAACAAUGAAGACAAAGUGUGUCUCAUAGUGAAGGACAGGGUAAUGUGGGUAUGCAACCUGUGCCGUAAGCAGCAGGAGAUUCUCACCAAAUCAGGAGAAUGGUUUUCGGGGUCAGGUGUGCGGCCCGGGAGCCUGGGCACCUCCUUGAACGACCCAGCCACGGGAGGUGAGGCCCAACGGGACAGGAAGCUACUCCGCUCCAGGUCCCAAGCCCCGCCCUCCAGCACCAACACCAGCACAGGGCCAGACGGGACACAGCUGCCUGCUGGUAUCACUGCUGCCAAGGGUGCUGACACCAUGCCCGGCUCUCGCUCUCAAAGUGAACCACCCAGAGAAAAGAAAAGGCCAGUUUCCCUCCAUGAACAAAAUGGUAAGGGAGGCAUGGGGCGUGGUAGUGGCCGGAGACCAGCUGGGAAGUUGUCAUCUCAGUCAUCCCUGGAUGAGCGGGUGGUUCCCAGUGACAGAGGAGAGAGAAGACUGGGAGACGGACGGAGGCUGGCGAAGAUCCAUUCUCAGGAGUACGAAGAUGGAGAGGGGAACUUGGGUCGUUCAGAAACACACCGGAGACGCCCAGAGGAUGAAGAGCAGAGGGAGCGGCAGCGACGCGAGGAGGAGUUCCAGAAUCGUUAUCGCAGUGACCCCAAUCUGGCCCGAUACCCAGUGAAACCGCAGAAAGAGGAGCAGGAAAUGCGCAUGCAUGCUAAGGUGUCUAAAGUACGCCAUGAACGACGACACAGUGAUCUAGCAAUCAACGAAGUUGGAUUGGGACCUGGUGAAGGAGGAGGUGGAGGAGGCAGUGCAAGUGAGGUGCCUGAAAACCGUCUGGCAAGGAGGGGUGGGGUUGGGGGUGGGGAAGGAGACCGCAAGGUCCUGGAGAACCACCGAGCCUACUCUGUGGAUAGGACCGUGGGGGUUGGAGGGGGGCCUCCACCUGCUGGAGGCGGUUUGAAAUCAGGGCCCCAACCUGGGGGACCGGUGCCUCCAGACUGGGGUCUGAACAAGGGCCGUCUAGAACAAGGUACAAUACGGACACCAAGGGACAAAGGUGGGGAUAACCUGUUGAGGAAGGACUCCCAGAGCUCGGACCAGUCUGAAUCUUUGCGACCACCCCCUCCACGUUCAUACAAGAGCAAACGUGGGGUCAACAAGAGGCAGAUGUCCAUCAGCAGCUCAGAGGAGGAGGGCGGCUCCACGCCUGAGUACACCAGCUGUGAGGACGUGGACAUGGAGAGCGUCAGUGAGAAAGGGGACUGGGAUUGUCAUCCAUUGGAUCCUGCAGUGUGGCAUCAUCCAGUUACAUGGCAGCCAUCGAAAGAGGGCGACCACCUGAUCGGACGCAUCACAUUAAGCAAGCGGUCGGCCAUGCCCCGUGAGGCUGGGUCCCUACUCGGCCUAAAAGUGGUAGGAGGGAAGAUAACAGAGACGGGGAGACUUGGGGCCUUCAUCACCAAAGUCAAGAAAGGCAGCCUGGCAGAUGUCGUGGGACACCUCCGAGCAGGUGACGAGGUGCUGCAGUGGAAUGGGAAGUCGUUGCCAGGGGCAACCAAGAAAGAAGUAUACAACAUCAUCCUUGAAUCAAAGGCCGAACCUCAAGUGGAAAUAGUUGUUUCAAGACCUAUAGGAGACAUCCCAAGAAUCCCAGAGUCGUCCCACCCUCCUCUAGAAUCUACAGGCUCCAGCUCUUUUGAGUCACAAAAGAUGGACCGCCCCUCUAUAUCAGUGAUGUCCCCUACUAGUCCAGGGACCCUCCGAGACCUCCCUCUGGUGCUGCCUGGACAGCUCUCUGUGAAGCUGUGGUACGACAAAGUGGGCCAUCAGCUGAUUGUCAACGUCCUUCAAGCCAUAGACCUGCCGACCCGACCAGACGGACGACCUCGGAACCCCUACGUCAAAAUGUACUUCCUGCCCGACAGGAGUGACAAGAGUAAACGGCGAACUAAAACAGUGAAGAAGAACGCUGAGCCCAAGUGGAACCAGACCUUCAUAUAUUCCCACGUUCACCGGCGAGACUUCAGAGAACGCAUGCUCGAGAUCACUGUCUGGGACCAGCCCAGAGUGCAGGAGGAGGAGAGCGAAUUCCUGGGCGAGAUCCUGAUAGAGCUGGAGACGGCCUUGCUGGAUGACAUUCCUCACUGGUACAAACUCCAGACACAUGACGCGUCUUCCAUACCUCUGCCCCAGCCGUCUCCGUACCUCCCACGCCGACAUGUUCAUGCAGACAGCCCCAGCAAGAAGCUACAGAGGUCCCAUCGCAUCAUAGAUACAGAGUUUGAUGAUGGUUUGAUGGUAGUGAGUAAAGGUGCAGAGCGUAACUCCAGGGAGAGAGAGCGGGGCAGUACGUUGGCUGUGCCUGAGCAGCAGCGGCCCGUCCAGCACCGCUCUCGCUCGGUUUCUCCUCACAGGGAGGACUCGUGCAGGGCCCGGUCGCGGCCCGCACACGUGCCCAUGCAAAGGAGUCUGGACGAGAUCCAUCAGAACCGCCACCACUCCCACUCCCCCUCCCGCUACCACGAUUCCCACUUGGAGCACCAACGUUCCGGUGACUCGGACUAUGAGUACUCCGAGGACAGUGAGGUCCUGGAGAUGCACAGGUCAAUCCGGGGUGGGAGUGCCGAGUGCCUGCACACAAACAGGGGCGUAGGUAGACACAGCAACACACUCCCACCCAAAAUGCCCCUGUUAGUAAACGGUAUCCAUAAAGAUAUUUACAGCUCCACCCUCCCCGCAUGCCUAAAGAGCAAGGCACCCCACAGACAAGAGGGGGUUAGCACCAUGCCUCGUAGCAUCCUCACACACCGUGUGCUCAGGUUCACUGAUGAGGUCACGGUUAGCGACCUGCAGCCGUCGCUGGACAGAGUGAGGAGUGCCAGCACCACUUGUCUGAGACCAGACACCAACUUUCACUCCCCUGACAGAGACAGGUGCUCCAACUCUUUGCCCCACAAGACCCCCCCAAGUCCCCGGAUCUUAGUAGAACAUGUGGCCCCUGAGGACGACAGGCAGUGUAGCAAUUCAUCAAGUCCAAACUGUCACAGGGGCUGCAAAAAAAGCCUCGAGGGGGACAGUCGUAUCCAGCCCACCUCUAUCCUGAGGGGCAGUAGGGGGAGAGGGGGCCCGCUGAGGCCCUUUGGCCAGACAGCCCUGGCUGGGUCCUGCCCAAACUCGCCACGGCUAGACAGAGCACACCCUCAUGGCAGCCCCUCUCCUCCAACGGGGACUCCCUCAUCAGGUCGCAGGGGCAGGCAGCUGCCGCAGCUCCCUGCAAAGAGCAGCAGCGUAGAGCAAGCCCUCGCAGUAGAGGAGCGAGCCCGACUGGUGCAGAUGAAAGUACAUUCCUAUCGGCCUUCAGCCUCCCACGACCCUGAGACGGACCUCAAGACCAAACGGGAGAUGUAUGCGGAACAGCGGCGUAGCAGUGACAACAUGUCGGCGAGAUCAUCAGACAGUGAUAUGAGCGAUGUGUCAGCCCUCUCCCGUGCCAGCAGUGCCUCCCGCCUCAGUAGCACCAGCUACAUGUCCAUCCAAUCAGAACGGCCUGGGGGACGACUCAGAUCCAAGUCAUUAGAGGAGGAGAAGAAGGACAGGAGGAUCUCGUGGGGGGUGGAUGGGGAGGAGGAGAGGAGGAGGGCGGCAGGAAAGAGACGUUUCUCUGCGGAGUUGAAGCGCAGGAGACACACUGUAACAGGAGACACCAGGGAGUCCAGCCGGCAGAUGCGGUCUUCGAUCGGCCAUAGCAUGCAGAAGAGCUCCAGCGUGAGCGGGGAGAUCUACACCCAGGAACGCACCGACGGCAGCCAAUCUGACACGGCGCUGGGCACGGUGGGUGGCGGCAGCAAGAAGAGACGCUCCAGCCUCAGCGCGCGGGUGGUGGCCAUAGUUGGGAACCGUCGCAGUCGCAGCACUUCACAGAUCAGCGGCCCUGAGGGGAAGAGUAAGAAAGAGAAGGGUGCACCCAUCCAGAGGAGCACAGAGACUGGAAUGGCAGUGGAGCUGACCAGGAACAUGAGCCGACAGCCCAGCAGAGAGUCCAACAAUGGCAGCAUGAACAGCUGCAACUCAGAGGGAAAUCUCAUCUUCUCUGGAGUGAAUCUGGGGGCCAGCAGCCAGUUCAGUGACUUCCUGGAUGGUUUGGGACCAGCUCAGUUAGUGGGCAGGCAAACACUGGCUACUCCUGCAAUAGGUGAUAUCCAGAUUGGUAUGAUGGAGAAGAAGGGCCAGCUGGAGGUAGAAGUCAUCAGAGCUCGAGGACUCGUACAAAAGCCAGGAUCCAAAUCUCUCCCUGCUCCAUAUGUCAAGGUCUACCUGCUGAACAAUGGAGCGUACGUAGCCAAAAAGAAAACCAAGAUUGCACGGAAAACACUUGACCCACUGUACCAGCAAGCACUGCUAUUUGAGGAAAGCCCACAGGGUAAAGUCUUACAGGUGAUUGUAUGGGGAGACUACGGCCGCAUGGACCAUAAAAGCUUCAUGGGAGUUGCACAAAUCCUAUUGGAGGAACUGGACUUAUCAAGCACAGUCAUUGGUUGGUACAAGUUAUUCCCACCAUCCUCCUUGGUGGACCCGACACUUGCCUCCCUAACACGGCGAGCUUCCCAGUCGUCACUCGACAGCUCCUCCGGACCUGCGGGAGUCCGAUCCUAGUGGACCAACAGCUCUACACCGCUCGGCGAGUAACAAACUCAAGAACAAACAGUAGAGAGAGACAGAGAGAGAGAGGGGAAAAAACUAAUAGCGGAAAUGUAGAACAACAAUCAGAAACAGUCACAACGAGAAAGCUUUGUUGAGAUCUGACAAUCACUCCUGUCGCGGUUAAUUUUGUCUGUUGUAGGGAGCGCCACGUUUCAGUGUUUCAUAUCCAUUCGAUGAAAAAUCGUAUCGUUUUUCUCUGUGUAUGCUGAAGAGGCAGGGCUGUCCACAGACAAGCUGUAGCUCUUGAGACAGGAGACGAAACAGUGUCAGAGAAUCAAAGUGAAGCAGGGUGGUUUUUAACUGAAUCAACAAUAGCAAAGAAAUGUAUGUAAGCGUCGGAAUGUAUGGACUCGAGACAGAGGUAAUCACCCUCCACACCUGCAGCCGGCACAGUCCUCUCUGCAGUGGCCUCCUCCAGAACCCCAACAGACUGCCGGCACUCCUGCCCCCAGGCAGGGUGCUCCCACGUGGGUAUUCAGUCUGGAAGCACAGGGCCUUUUUCUGGUGCCUAGACCUUGGAGCCACAUCACUGGUCCCACUCUCUGUCAAAGGAUCCUCUCUUUUCAAUAUGUUUACCAUGGCUGCUCUUAGGCCACACUGUUUUAGUGUGUUUGCUUUGUCGUUUAUUUCUUUCCCUUUGUUACUACUGGCACAAAAUGUUUUUACAGUGCGUAAAAUGCUCAUGAUAAUGUUGUCAGUCUGGUGUGUGCAUGGUGAGAAAAAACUAAAUACAAGAGAUAAAAAAAGGAUCUAAAAACUAUUAAAUGUCUGCAAGUGUUAUUCAGGGGGGGUGCUGGUGAUAAUGCCACAGCUUAGAUUUUUACACUUGGCAGCGUGCAGAGUUGUUUUCCUUGUUGCACCUCUGGCAGAAGUCCAGGCCAGUCGUCUUUGUAUAGAUGUAAAUUAGGCCUCUCAAGAGGUUGACCAAUAAAUAAGAUUUAUGUCACUUUGAAAUCACAAGGAUACAACAUCACUGUAAAAAAAAGUUUAAAAUAUAUAUCUUUGUUCACCUGUGCAACAGCAAGAUAGGAGCGUUUCAUUUUUUCACAUUUUUCGGGAAGUGCAGUCCUACACCCCCCAGCACGUUUGAGGUUUUUAAACCCUUAGUUUACAUUAUUUUGAAAUUUUAACACAAGCACAAGAGCUUGAUUUUUUUACGACAAAAAGUCUAACUUUUUGAAAAAAAAAACCAUGUCGUUAAAAAAAGUAAAAAAAGAAAGCAUUGCCGUCCCUCAUUCGGUUCAUUUCUUCGCCUAGAUAUUAGAAAACACAAAAACAAACAGAGGAGAAGAAUGGCUCACAGUUUCCCUUGUUUGUCUCUGUGAAUGUUAAAGUAACCAAUCAGACUGAUCUGUCGGGACGCCAACACCAAUGCCCAUCCUCCGUUUGGCCCGCAGACUCCUCCCAUCGAGGAAGAGGCGGGGCCAGCAUGACUUAGGAACCUGUUCCAAGCUGCAUGCACAUUUUUGUAAAACGAAUACAAAAAAAAAAGAUACUGACCUAGAUACGUGUGUUAGUUCCACAUACUCUAGGGCCGCUUGUAUGUUGCAUGCAGUUGUACAGUUUGCUCGUACUUGAAUAUUAAAGAAAUAAAACCAAGAAACAGAAGCCAUUCCCAUUACGCAAAGACAUUUGAUCUCAACUGCAGUCUACUCCACGUCCCUCAGUCCGGUGCUGAAUGUCUCUCAAACUAAAUCCCAAGAUUGCGUUGAUGUCUUUCCUCGAACCUCUGGAAGAUGUACUGUACUGUAUAGUAGUACUGAGCAGACCUCACAGCCCCUCUUACUGUUAUUCCACAUCAUAGUAUACCUCCAAGGGGCUGAGAUGAUGUAUGAAUAAAUAUGUACAAAUCAGAUCCACUUAUAUGGAAAUAUGAAUUAUGUUUCAACAUAAUGAUUUCAGAUAUGCUAACACAUGAACUGUUAAAUUAUAUAAAGAAUUAAAGCAGAUGCACAGAGAGUCAUACACUGUAAAUAUACAAACAGCCAUGCACUGGGUUUUCAUUGGGCUGAUAACUGCACAGGGGCCAAGUCAUGUAAUGAGGAGCGAUUAAUACGUCUAAAGGGACCAUGCAGUGGGACAACACAGGGCGGUGGACAUGGGUCACAUACGGCUGAGCUCAAGCACACAGCCGCAAAACCUCCAGGUGUACCACUGCUCUAAAAGUCGACUUCUUUGUGCUUCAAACCCAGUGUUUGAACUCCGACCUUUCAUCGUCCGGUGAAGCUGGUUUUUCCUUCUUUUUUCUUUUUUCUUAAUUUUUCUUUGUCAGUAUUAACAGGAAAAAAAAUUGCUGAUUGUUUACAACUUCUGUGUUCCACUGAAACAAAAAGAAAAUUAGAAAAAAGUAAAGCAUUCACUGCAACAUUUCUUGUUUGUAUAACAGAUGUGGCUCAAAUUAUGUGUAUGUUUUAUAUUUAAAAAAAAGUUCAUUUUUAUUAUUUACAAAUAAAAAGAAUGU